AUGGCUGAUCAGGAAAAGAGGCUACAGGUGGGAGUAGACAGAAUGGAUAAGGAGCUGACAAUAUCAUGCUUCUGGCCCGGUGCCAUUGACGUUCAUCUGGGCAAAUUUGGCAAUCUCCACACAGGCACAGCUCAGGACUUCUUUGAUCAAGAAUGGGAAGGAUUCAAAGAGUUCACCGCAUCUCAACACUAUAUCUGCAAUCAUUUGUACGAGGUCGACGGAGACAAAGCAUUUGCCGAAACCUAUCAGUUCUCGUUCUACUGGAAGAAGCCUGGCGAUGAACCAACUCGCAACGUCCAGAAUUCGAACCGCUAUGUUGACCGCUUCGAGAAGCGUGAUGGCGAAUGGCGCAUUAUCCAUCGGACCUUCAUUAGGAAUUUCACUCUGCCUAUUCACCCUGUGGGAUUUCCCACCGUGGAAAAUGGAUGGCCCUCACUCUCCCAGAGCAGGAACGAUCUGGCUUACAGUGGUGUCAAUGGAGUGAUUUACUGGAGAUCCACAAAAUUGACAUGA